UAAUGAAGUUAAAAAUUUAAAGAAAUACGAUAAUUAAAAAUCUCUUUUUAGCAAAAUCUUAUUCGUUAAUAACUGAAAUACUUCCCUUCUCACUGUGUAUACGUUUAUUUCUCCCACCAUGAGAAGAUACGUGUUUAUAGUUCGGCCAUUGGCCACUAGAGGUCCCUAUUCCUAGUGCAUUUUUUGGCCAACAUUUUUGACAUUGCAUCAGCGAUCUCCUUACUCCGUACUCACUACUUCCUAUUUCCUACUCCCUAUUGAUCUGUGUUUAUGGACACUUCAAAUACUUCAGAUACAUCAAAAUAAUUGCUGCCACAGUCUCACAAAUUUUAGCUAAGAACCAAGUAGUCUUGUUGUGUAGUCAACUUCGAAAGCAUGGAUAAAUUUGAGAAACCACAGAUAAUUUGUCAUAUUGAGAAAUCGGUAAAUUAUUCCUUAUUCGACGCAAAAUGGAUUCCGUGCAGCGCAAAAUUUGUGGUUAUGGGCUCACGACCUCGUGGUAGCGGUAUUAUACAAAUCUAUGAAGUUUCUAGCGGCGAAUUAAAUCUUGUUAAAGAUAUCGAACGAUCUCAACCGAUAAAAUGCGGAACCUUUAAAGCGUCUAGCCUAAAAGACAGAUAUUUAGCAACUGGUGAUUUUCAGGGUAAAUUGAACAUCUACAACCUAGAAGACCCUUCGAUACCAAUUUAUACUACUGUUGCUCAUGAUCAGAUUAUAAACAGUAUCGAUGGUGUAGCUGGACAGAACAUCGGAUGCGGCGCACCGGAAUUAGUAACUGGCUCUAGGGAUGGAAGUGUUAAAGUCUGGGAUCCUAGAUUGAAAGGUCGGCCAGUUGCUGUAAUGGAACCUAAAGAGGGUGAAGAUCGUAGAGAUUGCUGGACAGUUGCAUUUGGGAAUUCAUACAAUUCUGAGGAAAGAGUUGUAGCUGCUGGUUAUGAUAAUGGAGAUGUAAAAAUGUUUGAUUUGAAAGCAAUGGCUGUUUUGUGGGAAAGUAAUCUUAAAAAUGGAGUUUGUAGCAUUGAAUUUGAUAGAAAGGAUAUUCCAAUGAAUAAAUUAGUAGCUACCACUUUGGAGUCAAAGUUUUAUUUGUUUGACUUAAAGACUCAGCAUCCUAAAAAAGGAUUUACUUAUCUAACUGAGAAGGCACAUAAUGCAACAGUAUGGUUAGUCAGACACUUGCCCCAAAAUCGUGAAAUAUUUGUUACUUGUGGUGGAGGAGGAAGCCUUUGUUUAUGGAAAUAUAAUUAUCCAGAGAAACGAAAAAUAGUAGACGUAGAUGGUAUUGCCCGCGGAAUCGUCGGUAAUCUAACUCUUUUACAAAACACUAUUGUUUCAUCACAACCUGUUAGUUCCCUAGACUGGAGUCCAGACAAACAGGGUUUGGCUGUUUGCACUGCGUUUGAUCAAUGUUUGAGGGUAAUUAUCACCACAAAACUUAAUACUUUUUAAGAAAAAAUAAAAAUUUAUGUUCUAAUUAAUUAUAAAAAAAUAAGAUAUUUAUAUUAUGUUAUUUAAUAUUAUUCAGUGUGAAACGUUCAUUAUUGCAAUAGAAAUAAGAUAGAACUGUAAAUAAACAUCAAUUAUCUUAUUUUAUAUAAUUUGACGAAAUAAAAUGAAUAAAAUAAAAAUUAAUAUUCUACAAAAUUUUUCAUUAAAUUCAAAUUAAAUUGUCUGGAAUUCUUGGUUGUCUAAGAGUCUAAAUUACCGACUGCGAAGGAAAUUUUCAUCACGAUGGCGACACUUGUCGUUCGUUAAAUAUCGAUUUUUGUCUCCGUAUACAUGUGCACGCGUUGCGCAACUUCGCGGUACGAACGACCAGAUGAAAGCGAAUUAUAUGUCAUCGGGCCAAUCUAUUUAGAAUCAAACCCUUAUUAAGUGGCAGCCAUCUUAUAGUGCAAUAUGUUAUGCAACAUCAGACCGCCAUGUUGAGGCGCGAGACGUACCCACGUCAAGUGGUACUUAUGCUACAUUGUUCGAGCCAGCCUCGGCCAGCUCACAUUCAGCCAUACAAGGUCAGGAAUACCGCGAGUUUAAUUACAUAAAUUAGUUCUUGGCUAUUCCCCCUUCUGCAACGUGUCUCUGUGAUACAUUCUUUUCGUUUCUUGCUCUCGUGUUCACUGAAGCUGCGCGCGUUUCGAUUGGAUCACGCAUUUAGUCUUGGCUCCGUCGUUCUCCAAAAUGGCGUCGUCCUGUACGCGCAGCAUCACAAAAAACAAGACAUAGAUUUUUUAAGAUUUGAUGAAUUUAUUAAAAAUUUCAUGUUAUGAACUAAAUAUUGUCUUUUAAUGGUUACUUUUAUAAAAGACAGGUGUGAGCAAAAAUAUUUUACUUCGUUGAAUCAGUUGCUCGCAAUUAGAGGAAUGCGGAAUUACGGGUCUUUAUAGUCUAAUUACAAGAACUGCUUAUAAUUAAUUCAACUGGUAACAAGGAGCAAAGCAGUUUAUUUAAAUAUGUACCAACUUAACUGGCCAAUCGCAGCGUUGUAAAGCUACUACAAAUUCGCCUGAGAAUUGUUAUGUUUUGUUUGUUUUCCAAGAAUUUAAUCAACAGUUAAUAAUCAUUUUAUUUAACAACUGUUUAAUUCUGGUAAUUUUUAUGGUAUUUUUAAUAAGAAUAAUUGGAUAGGUUGGGAGUUUAUAUUUAGAAGGUUAUUUUUUACGUGGAAAAAUACCUUUAUUAGUCAGCAUGUAUCUGAAAUUCGCAAUGGCAAUGACAAUGCUUAGUAAUGAUUCAUGAAUUGGAAAAUAUGAAUAGUGAUCGAUGAGCUAGAAAACAGAAUACAUAUUUCUUGUUUUACGUCAAUGUACUGUUUCCUCAAUUACUGCAAUAUACAAGAAAUUUCUUUCUGCAAUCAUAUCGACCAUUAAUAACUUUUAACAAUUCAAUCAUCUUUAUCCUAGAUUGAUUAAUAAUAACGUUCUCCUUGAAAAGAAUGGAUUUAAUAUACACACAUUUCCUAAAUCAAUAAUUGCGGCACGUGUAAUGCAGUUAGAACGCCAAUUUUUUCAUUAGUAGAUACAUAUGCU